AUGUCUAAUGCAGCUGAAUCCUCAUCAUCCCAAUCAACUGCAUGUUUCAGUUGGAGUCGUAUUCUACUAUCGGCUUCUUUCCCAGUGAUAUUCGGCAUCUUUAGUGUUGUUUUUACAAUACAACAAAACAUAAUUUCUCAGGCUAAUCGCGAACAAGAUCAACGGCAAGCGAACAUACUUCGUCAACAACAUAUUUACGAUGCAUAUAUCAACGAUAUUUCGGCCUUACUUAUCAGUCCGUCGUUUAAUGAAUCCAAUCGACAUCAAUUAAAUUAUAUUGGGUUUAAAACAGUGGACAUCAUCAAACAUUUGAGUAAGGCUCAGAAACGCGACAUUAUCUUCUUUCUGCAUAAUCACGAAUUGCUUUCACUAAAUAAACCAGCCAGUCAACGUGUCGAUUUGGUUGGAGCUGAUUUGACCAAUGUUGAAUUUAUUCGAUCGCCUUCUCUCAAUUGUGACCUUCGAAAUAUAUCCUUGCAGUAUAUUCUCGCUUCAAAUAUUGUCUUUGAUAGAUGUGAUAUCAGUUUUGCACUAUUUCAAGGAGCUUGGAUGGUUGGAGCAAAUUUUAUCAAGUCAAUUAUGCAUGGCGCAAACUUCGGCAAGGCUAAUUUGACUGAUGUUGUAUUUGAUGGCAACAACAUAAAUCUGAUAGUAUUAUCCAAUGCUAUUCUUAUAAAUUCAAAAUUCUUGGAAUUAAAACCAUACCAGACUGAUUUCACCAAUACCGAUCUGCUGAACAGUGAUUUGACCGAUAGAGAUCUAUCACUUUUGAAAGAUCGUUUCAAUAAUACUCGAUUGCCGAACGGUACUUUCAUUGCAGUGGAUAGCACUCAAUUAAUUAACGACGGUGGCGCAGAAAAAGCGUGCACUCGCGGUAGUCAUAGAGAGUGGAUGAAGUUCCAACAAUACAGUAAUCUUGACUUAUACACCGCAAAUUAUCGUAAUUGGAGUACUCCUAAAUCUGUCAAUGGUAAAUGCUACUUUGGUAAGAAUAGCCUGGGUGUCAUGUAUCAAUAUUUCUCUAAAACACAUUACUCGUUGUUAAUCAAUAAUGAACAUGCUUAUUUUAAUCUUUCUGCUUACAUGGGUUGUACGAUACCUAAUAGAGGAAAUGAUCGUGCUUUAAUUGAUGUACGAUGUUUUGAUCAGUUCUACAAUGGUCCUGUAUGUGCCCAUGUAAGCAUUUUUUGGAUCUAA